UUUCAACUUCCCAUUCUUAGCUUUUCAGUUUUUGUGGGGCCCUUAGUUUUGUGGGGCCCUUUCCCUCCAUGUGCUCUUGCUCUCUACUCUCAAACCUUUGCUUCCUAAUUCAAACAACUCCUCACAUUUCAUAAUCUUCUUGAAAAACUUUGUUCAAAACUUGCAAUAAGCAACUCUCAGUUUCUUGUUUGAUGAAAAAAACUUCUUCUUUUCUCCUUAUAAUCUCAUAAAGUUUCAAUCUUUACAAGAAAAAUGAAGACCCUUAUUGGGUUAAAGCUUGUAACUUUUCUGGUUCUUGGGAUUUCUGCAUUAUUUUUUGGUGUAGUACAGUCUCAAGAUGAUGCUUCAGUUAUGUUAGCUUUGAAAAAGAGCUUAAACUCACCUCAAGAACUGGGUUGGCUUGACCCGGAUCCAUGUAAGUGGGACCAUGUGGGUUGUUCAGAUGAUAAACGGGUGACCCGGAUCCAAAUUGGUCACAAGAAUCUUCAAGGUAAUCUCCCUCAAGAACUCUCUAAACUUACUCAGCUUGAGCGUUUAGAGCUUCAAUGGAACAAUAUUUCUGGCCCUUUGCCUAGUUUAAGUGGUUUAAGUUCAUUACAAGUGUUAAUGCUAAGUAACAAUCAGUUUAGUUUCAUUCCUGCUGAUUUCUUUACUGGAAUGUCUUCAUUACAAUCUGUGGAAGUUGAUAAUAAUCCUCUUCUUGGUUGGGAAAUACCUGAGAGCCUUAAAAAUGCUUCGUCCCUUAAGAAUUUUUCAGCAAAUUCAGCUAAUGUUAGUGGGAAAAUUCCUAGCUUUUUUAGCCCUGAUGAGUUUCCUGGAUUGGUAAAUUUGCAUUUGGCUCUUAAUAAUUUGGAGGGUGAAUUGCCCUCUAGCUUUUCUGGUUUGUUGCUUGAGUCUUUGUGGUUAAAUGGGCAAAAACUUAGUGGUGGAAUUGAUGUUCUACAAAAUAUGACAUUCUUGAAAGAGGUUUGGUUGCAUUCCAAUGGAUUUUCGGGCCCGUUGCCGGAUUUUUCAGGAUUAAAGGAUUUGGAGGUAUUGAAUCUUAGAGAUAAUUCCUUUACAGGUCCUUUGCCAGCUUCUUUAGUGAAUCUUGAGUCUUUGAAGUUCGUUAAUUUGACGAAUAAUUUAUUUCAAGGACCAAUGCCUAAGUUCAAAGAUUCAGUCUCGGUUGAUUUGACGAAAGAUACAAACAGCUUUUGUUUGCCACAACCAGGUGAUUGUGAUCCUAGAGUAAAUACAUUGCUUUCAAUCGCAAAAGCGAUGGAUUAUCCAAGGAAGUUUGCGGAGAACUGGAAGGGGAAUGAACCGUGUGCUGAUUGGUUUGGUCUUACUUGUACCAAUGGUAACAUUACAAUUGUAAAUUUCCAGAAAAUGGGGCUUUCAGGAACAAUAUCUCCUGAAUUUGCUUCACUGAAGUCACUGCAAAGAUUAGUUCUUGCAGAUAAUAACCUCACCGGUACAAUUCCAGAGGAGCUGACCACAUUGACGGGCCUUGCAGAGUUAGAUGUGUCGAACAACCAAAUUUAUGGAAAAGUACCAGCAUUUAGGAAUAAUAUGAUUCUGAAAACUGGCGGUAACCCUGAUAUCGGAAAGGAUAAGAGUGAUGUAACUUCCCAAGGCAGUACUUCUCCAGGUGGUUCGCCAGGCUCUGGUUCUGAUGGUGAUGCACAAGCAUCUCGUAAGAAGUCCAAUCGAUGGAUUGGAAUUGUGUUAUUUUCUGUAAUUGGGGGUGUCUUUGUGCUUUGUUUCAUCGGUGCAGCAGCUUUCUGUCUGUACAGGAGCAAACAAAAGCGUUUUAGCCAAGUGCAAAGUCCAAACACCGUGGUGAUGCAGCCGCGCAAUUCUGGUUCUGACAAUGAUAGCGUGAAGAUCACAGUUGCCGGGUCCAGCGUUGUCAGUGUUGGUGCAGUUAGUGAAGUUCAUACCGUUUCUACUAGUGAAACCGGUGACAUUCAAAUGGUUGAAGCAGGGAAUAUGGUGAUAUCCAUUCAAGUACUGAAGAAUGUGACCAACAAUUUUAGCGAAGAGAACAUACUAGGGCAGGGAGGCUUUGGUACCGUCUACAAAGGAGAGUUGCAUGAUGGAACGAAGAUUGCCGUCAAGAGAAUGGAUUGUGGAUUCAUCGCUGGGAAGGGACUUACUGAAUUCAAAUCCGAGAUUGCUGUUUUGACCAAGGUCAGGCAUAGGCAUCUUGUUGGACUACUUGGCUACUGUCUUGAUGGGAACGAGAAGCUUCUAGUCUAUGAAUACAUGCCUCAAGGAACAUUAAGCAGUCAUCUUUUCAACUGGAGAGAGGAAGCGCUGAAACCCCUGGAAUGGACAAAAAGAUUGACCAUUGCAUUAGAUGUUGCUAGAGGUGUAGAGUACCUCCAUAGUUUAGCCCACCAGAGUUUCAUUCAUAGGGAUUUGAAGCCCUCAAAUAUUCUACUAGGGGAUGAUAUGAGGGCUAAAGUUGCAGACUUUGGCCUUGUGCGACUUGCUCCUGAAGGGAAAGGUUCUAUACAGACAAGGAUUGCUGGGACAUUCGGAUAUCUGGCACCAGAAUAUGCAGUAACUGGGAGAGUUACAACCAAGGUGGACGUGUUCAGUUUCGGUGUGAUUUUGAUGGAGCUCAUCACAGGAAGAAAGGCUCUUGAUGAAAGCCAGCCUGAGGAGAGCAUGCAUCUUGUAUCGUGGUUUCGAAGAAUGCAUCUGAAUAAGGAUACAUUCCGAAAAGCAAUCGACCCCGCGAUUGACCUGAGCGAUCAGGAAACACUCGCCAGUAUCAGCACCGUUGCUGAGCUAGCCGGUCACUGCUGUGCAAGGGAGCCAUAUCAAAGGCCCGACAUGGGUCACGCUGUCAAUGUUCUUUCAUCUCUUGUGGAGCUCUGGAAACCAUCCGAGCAAAGCUCAGACGACAUAUAUGGCAUCGAUCUUGAUAUGUCACUGCCUCAGGCUCUUAAGAAAUGGCAAUCUUAUGAAGGUUCUGCUCACAUGGAUUCAUCCUCUUCUUCUUACCUUCCUAGCUUGGAUAACACUCAAACUAGUAUACCUAUUCGCCCCUACGGAUUUGCCGAGUCAUUCACAUCUUCUGAUGGCAGGUGAGAAGUUGGCAUUCUUUGAUCUAGGUUUGGUUGUUCAUUCUCUCUGUUUCUUCCUCCUUGCCGCGAGUCGCAAACAACAUUUUUUUAUUUUUUGUUUUCUGUUUUAUAUUCCUGCUUUUUUUAACUCUGAUGCUUUGAUUUAGUGUGGAUGUAAUGUAGUUUUGGAACAUUGCUGGAUAGGGAUUUUUCGGCUUAAGAUUUUUCUUGUCUUCUGACUCUUUUGUAUAAUGAAUCUCUUUCUCUUUGUAUUCUUGAAUUGCUCUUUUAGGAAAGCAGAAGUUACAGGUUGUAUUGAAAUGUAAAGUGGCUUUGAA